AUUUGGUGGCGGUAUGGGCGGCACUCAUCCGCAUCUCAACGCUGCCUUGCAUCCGCAUCACGCGAUGAGUCAUUGGUAUCACAACCAACACCCUCAAGGCUUCGUGUCAGCUGGACCGCCUCCCCCCGCACCGCCCCCUGCCGCUUCAUAUCACCACCAUAUGAGCUCGCUCAGUGCUGCCGGUCUCGGUCUCACGUCAAACGGAAUGGCGGGAUGGCGGUCGGAGUACACGUGAUAAGGGUAACUAGAAGACGUUCAAGGAAUUUAUUUAUGAAAUUGUUUGUAGAUAUAGCGUGUAAGAAAAUAAUUUUAAACGUGAUCUUUGACGACUGGUCGAAAAGUUCUCUGUAUGUUUGUAUUUAUUGUAAAUUUUGUAAAGAAUACCAAAAUCCAGCGAUCUUUAGACCAGUCCGUAAUGUAUAAUUAUAAGUACAAAAAAUGAUGAGCGUUUUUGUAAUGUACUGUAUAUAGAUGUUAGAUUGUUUUAAAUAAAUCUACGAAUUGUAAAUAGGACAGAUUUGGAAGACAAUGUGCAAUCUACACUUUACUGUAAGUAUUCGGAAUUUGCAAGACAGUUUGAUCUUUCUCUGUGAGAUCUUUUGAAUUUUUUUUCAGCCUUAUUGUUGAGGCUUCGUGUGAUAUAACUCAAGUCACUAAUCAGUUCAGGUACUAACAAAUGCUGAAAUGUAUUUAUUGAACAAAAUACGAAUUGUCACAAUGCAAUUACUUAAGUGAAUCUACUAGGUAUGUCUUAGUACUUGUUACCAAAAAGCUCGAUAACGGUAAGGAUAUUCGUUUAGCUUGAAGUUAUACGUUCGUCAGAAUCCAUCCUAAUUUGUACUGAGUACUCGUGGGUUACCCGACAGGCUUGCAAUAAAAAUAAGAUCAGAAGCAUUUGUUUCUCUUCCAAAAGCUAGGAAUAGUUUGCAGUGAUAUUUAUCGUUUACUCCCGGUUUUCCGAAAACUAACUAAUUUAAGACUCAUAGAGAAUUUUUCGGUGGUAGGAGGACUGUGAAUUAAGGGAUGAGACCAAUUCUUUCUAAAUUUUUCUAUUCAAAUAUAUACUAAAUGCAGCCUUUUCAAAAAAAUGUACGGCUCGAAAUGCCUUCAACAUUUUAUCGCCGUAUACUUCCAUGAUAGCAAAUGUGUUUACAAGUUUUUUAUCAAAAUUCAAACAAUUUUGGAUGUUGGAUUUCAUAUGUCACUUAGCAUAAUUACAGCUUUACAUAUAAUGUGACCCCAAAAAACAACGACGUUCUGGAGUUUGCUCGAAAUACGAAAAACUGUUUCACAUAACAAGCCCUACGGACAACCAAAUGACUCGAUCGAGUUCUAACUUGUAAUGAAGACGGACCACAUGUUCCCUGUUGACCGUCCAAGUCCGGUGUGUCCAGUGUUGCCAGAUUGAACUCCUCUACGUUGCCAGUCUCAUCACUUAAUCUACAGACCUCGUAUGUCCCUAAAUGGUAGUUAAUUUUGGUCGCAGGACCGUCUAACCGCAAAGUCUGACUUAUUUUACUUUCGCUGUAGUGUUUAACACAAGGGACAGUGGCGAGGCUCAAAAAAUGCAGAGAACAUGACGUUGUGACACGGCAAACGAAUCUACGUGCAACUGCCAGUGAACCUUUAGGUGAUAAUUAUUCAACCUGAAAGUUAAUUUGUGGCUGAUCCGUACAAAAAAACGUGUAAUUAAGACCUUAUUGCAAGUCUGCUAUACCCGCGACGAUCUGUAGAAAAUUUCUGAAAGAAUUGCGAAAGCUUUAGGUUCGGUUUGAAUUAUAGACUGCGAAAUGAUGUAAAUACAUAUAACAUUGUGAAUUGUACGAGAGCCGACCAAUUUUUAUUAUCUUGAAAAAUGUUUGCGAAUAACAUAUUUAUUGUGUAACAGAACAUAGAUUUAAAAAUGUAUGCCCAGUAUUUGGCUUUUCUCAACGGAUCCAAGAAAUUGGAGGAAGCAGUUCCUUGAUUAGGAAACCAGAUUGAUCUAGCACUGCUUUAUGGUCGCUGUCUGUUGAUACGAACACCUCAAAACCGUUUAACGUAAAUUGUUUUUUUUUUUCAUUAAGCUAAUGUUUCAAUGGUACGUACAGCGCUUCGUGGACAAAAUUCGCGAAUCUUCAGAAUCUUAUAGGAAACGCACCCAUUUCUAUAAACAUAGUGAUAGCAAGAAAGCAAAAUGACCUUCGGAUUGUAGAUAUUUCUCUCCAGAAUUGGUUGUUAGACUCCUCCACGUGCAUAAGUGCAGUUUAUCAGCUAUCCGAUCUGAGGUUUUGGAAAAAACAUACUUCGACAAGCUGCUUAUUGGUUAUGCUGAGUAUUACUAAAAGAGGAAAAUUACGAAACAGUGUAAUCGCAAGCAAACGCAGUUAAAAUGUGCUGCAAAUUAAAAAUACAAAGUUUGAAUAAUUUUGGUCUGGUCAACAGAAAUUUAUACACAUUCAACUACUACCGAACUUUCUAAUUAAAAUAGUACGAAAAUAUCAACCAUUAUACAAAAGAUGUACUAUUCUUUGAAUAAUUUUAUUUUUCAUUACACUUCUUUUCCAGUGAUUCUCAAAAAACUCGUCGACGGCUUCUUUUAGUCCAUCAUCGGACUCAAAACGGCGUCCAUCACGAUUUUUGUUUAGUAUCCUAAAGAGAAAAAAGCCCGGAUUGUAUGAAGGUUGGUCUAUCUGAACGAAGCU